CUAAUUCGCUACCUAACGUCUUGUACAUCGGUACACAACGCUUCCAGCUAAUCGACGUCAGCCGUGGCUACCCUCGGCAGAAGGCACCCGCUCAGCAGUGGUCGAAUCCGGGGAAGGUGGAAAUAUGAGCAGUAGAAGGAAGGGGGACUCUUCUUCGUCUUUUUUCUGUAUUAUUUUAUUUUCUUAUCUAUUUACCUACCUACGUUAAACACAUACAAUACAAUACAAUCGUUUGAACUCCCUUCAAAACAUCCCCUCCCGUAAUUUGUACUCCUGAACUUGUUACACCGUAUUCAUCGUGCUGCGAACUGCGUACGAGCUGCCGCCUCCCACCAUGUCGUCGAUCGCAAGAUUACUUCGGCCGGCUUUACGGCGGGGUUCUGGUGUAACUCCCAGGGCCUCCUUGUCGCCGCGAUGCUGCAGCAGAUCGAUGCCGAAGUUCGAUGCGCGGCAAAUAAUACGGCCCCUCUCCGCCACGGCCCGCCGGAUGGUAGACAUUACAGACAUCCCGCCAACACCCAUAACGCACCUGUCCGAGACUGAGGCGGCGAUGCAGGAGAUGGUCUCAAAGUUCGCUAACGAGGUAAUAUUGCCGAAGGUCCGCGACAUGGACGAGGCCGAGAACAUGGAUCCCGAGCUGGUCGAGCAGCUCUUCGAGCAAGGGCUGAUGGGCAUUGAAAUCCCCGAGGAGUUCGGCGGCGCCGGCAUGAACUUCACCGCCGCGAUCGUAGGUAUCGAGGAGUUGGCACGUGUCGACCCGAGCGUCAGCGUUAUGGUCGACGUCCACAACACGCUGGUCAACACGGCCAUUCUCAAGUGGGGCAGCAACAACAUCAAGAAGCGCUUCCUCCCGGCGCUAGCCACCAACACCGUCGGCAGCUUCUGUCUGAGCGAGCCCGUGUCGGGGUCCGACGCCUUCGCGCUCGCCACCCGGGCGACGGAGACCGCGGACGGGUACCGCAUCUCGGGCAGCAAGAUGUGGAUCACGAACUCGAUGGAGGCCAACUUCUUCAUCGUGUUCGCGAACCUGGACCCGAGCAAGGCGCAUCGGGGCAUCACGGCGUUCAUCGUCGAGAAGGACGCCAAGGGCUUCUCCAUCGCCAAGAAGGAGAAGAAGCUGGGCAUCAAGGCGAGCAGCACGUGCGCCAUCAACUUGGACGACGUCGAGGUCCCCAAGGAGAACCUGCUGGGCGAGAAGGGUCAGGGCUACAAGUACGCCAUCGGCCUGCUGAACGAGGGCCGCAUCGGCAUCGCCGCGCAGAUGACGGGGCUGGCGCUGGGCGCGUGGGAGAACGCCGUCAAGUACGUGUGGAACGACCGCAAGCAGUUCGGCAGGCUGGUCGGCGAGUUCCAGGGCAUGCAGCACCAGAUCGCCCAGUCGUACACCGAGAUCGCGGCCGCGCGCGCCCUCGUAUACAACGCCGCGCGGAAGAAGGAGGCUGGCGAGGACUUUGUGCGCGACGCGGCCAUGGCGAAGUUGUACGCCUCUCAAGUCGCGGGGCGCGUGAGCGGUCUGGCUGUUGAGUGGAUGGGCGGCAUGGGUUUCGUCCGGGAGGGCCUUGCCGAGAAGUACUGGAGGGAUAGCAAGAUCGGUGCUAUCUACGAGGGAACCAGCAACAUCCAGUAAGUCAACGUUCUCCGUUUUCUACCUUGCAUUUACGAUGUAAGCGCAAUACUAACCUUGGAAAUCAGACUUAACACAAUCGCUAAGCUGCUACAGAAAGAAUAUACUACGUAGGUAAAUCCCAAAA